UUGUCCACCUGUGUAAAUUUGAAUGUCUGUGCUGGCGUUGAUAUAAAUAGCAAGAAGUUGGAAUCAAUCAACUCAUUCCGUCCCCGGCACCUGUUAAAGAAAGACCAUGGCGUUCAAGGUUUUCCUGAUUUUCGGGUUAGUGGCUCUGAGCCGAGCUGGUGCCGCGCCUUCUGGCUUCCACUACCCUUCUGCUAACCUGGCCUACAACCAGCUGGGAGCGGUCAACUUGAACGCAAGGCUCUACAACCCCCACCACCAGUACCUGACGCACCAGCCUCUGGUCCAGUCGCCAGUUCUGAUCGCUCACAACCAGCACCAGCAUGAAGUGGCCGCUCCUCUGCACACUGCUGCCACCCUCACCUACCCUGUCCAAACGGCAGUCCAUCAGGUCCCUCAUCAACCCAUCGAUUACUAUACCUACCCCAAGUACAGUUUCGGCUACGGCGUGAAUGACCCUCACACUGGUGACCAGAAGAGCCAGUGGGAAACUCGUGACGGAGACGUGGUCAAGGGCGAGUACAGCCUUGUGGAGCCCGAUGGUUCGAUCCGAGUGGUCAGCUACACGGCUGACGCUGUCAACGGCUUCAACGCUGUCGUCAAGAAAAUUGGGAAGAACGUCCAUUCCUCUCCUGUAAUCUACGCCCAGUAAAUGCUCUUAUUGCCCUCUUUUUGGGAACAAUAAAAAUACACAUUCUUAUCCCUUAA